GUUGGCAAUGUCUGUUGACAGGAGCGGCAGAAGAAGUCGAGCUUCGGCGUAAGAGGCUGGUGGAGGAGGAAGGGCGCAGAGGCAGGGGCGGAAGUCGAGCUCUUUUCGGCCCCUGAGGCCAAGCGGAGAUGUAAAUCCAGAUGGAGCACUCCAAAAGCGGAGGCCAAGUCCAGCAGCCAAAGGAGCCCCAGCCUUGGGGGAAGCUGGUCCGGUUGGGGGCCGAAGAAGCCGAGCGGCAUAUCUUGCUGAAGAAAGAAUGGACCAUUGGCAGGAGAAAAGGUUGUGACCUGUCCUUUCCUGGCAACAAACUAGUGUCCGGAGAUCACUGUAAAAUAAUAGUGGAUGAAGAUUCUGGUCAAGUGUCACUGGAGGAUACCAGCUCUAAUGGAACUCUUAUUAAUAAACAGAAGGUGGUGAAGAAACAGAUUUGUCCUUUGCAGACUGGAGAUGUGAUCUAUGUUGUUUACAGGAAAAAUGAACCAGAAAACAAUGUUGCAUAUCUUUAUGAAUCCUUAAACCCCAAACAGGACCGAGCUAAUGAGCCAGUAGAACCCAAUGUUGAAAGUAUGUGCCAUGUGACCAAAGUUACCUCAAGUACUGGAGAAAGUGAUGACAGGACCUCAGUGGCAUCACUGGGACCAGCUUGUCAGACUAACUAUGAUGAACCACAGCCAUCCACUUCUACAUCAGACCUCUUUAAUGCUGCUUCUACCUCUCUCACUGAAUCCAUAGCCACUGAACUGGAUAAUCCAUCAACAUCUUGUAAAGGGAUGCAAUCUCUCACCUUAGUUGCUGUAUCUACUUUGCCUACCUUCAUACCAUCUGGUACUGAACCAUCACUUGAACAUAAACAGCCAAAACGUUCUGGCACUUCUUCAGGGAACAAAGAGAAAAUGCUGUUGGCUGUCACCGAGCUUAAAAGCAAGGAUGAAAGGGCCUUUGAGCCUGCCAGGAAGAAAAUAAAAGGAGAUGGUGAUACCAACUCAUAUCUUCAGGUGACUCCUCCAAAUGAAUGUGUAAUUAAAAUGGCACCUGAAGACACCAAGUCAGCAAAUGUGAAGCCAGACAAAAUGGAAGAAACACUCACCUGCAUCAUUUGCCAAGAACUGCUUCAUGACUGUGUCAGCUUGCAGCCUUGCAUGCACACUUUUUGUGCUGCUUGUUACUCAGGAUGGAUGGAACGCUCCUCUCUCUGUCCAACUUGCCGUUGUCCAGUGGAACGUAUCUGUAAAAACCACAUUUUGAACAACUUGGUGGAAGCUUAUCUCACCCAACACCCAGAUAAGUGCCGUAACGAAGAAGAUAUAAAAAGUAUGGAUGCUCGGAACAAGAUCACUCAAGAUAUGCUUCAGCCAAAGGUGCGAAGGUCCUUUUCAGAUGAAGAAGGAAGUUCUGAAGAUCUACUGGAACUCUCAGAUGUAGAUAGUGAAUCCUCUGAUAUUAGUCAGCCAUACAUUGUGUGCCGACAGUGUCCAGGAUAUUGUCGGCAACCCGUUCAGCCCCUUUCCUCCCCACGCCAAGAAGGAGAAACAGAAGCAGGGCAGGCAUUGGGGGAUGCGCCCUCUACCUCUGCCAGUUUUCCAGCAGCUGUCCAGGAAUAUGUGUGUCCUUCCCAAGGAAGCCAUGUGAUAUGUACUUGCUGCUUCCAGCCAAUGCCAGACCGCAGAGCAGAGCGUGAACAGAAUCCACAUAUUGCCCCUCAACAGUGCACUGUCUGUCUCCAACCCUACUGUCACUUGUACUGGGGCUGCACUCGGGUGGCAUGUUUUGGCUGCUUGGCACCAUUCUGUGAAAUAAAUCUUGGUGACAAGUGUUUAGAUGGAGUCCUUAAUGGCAAUAACUAUGAAUCAGAUAUUUUAAAGGAUUACCUGGCAUCCAGGGGUUUGACAUGGAAAAACAUAUUGAAUGAAAGUCUCCUAGCUCUUCGAAGAGGAAUUUUUAUUUUGCCAGAUUAUCGAAUUACUGGAGAAACGGUGCUCUGUUACUGUUGUGGCCUCCGCAGCUUCCGAGAGCUGGCUUACCAAUACAGGCAGAAUAUUCCUGUUACUGAAUUGCCAGUGACUGUCACAUCACGUCGAUGUUAUUGGGGGCACAACUGUCGGACUCAGGUCAAAGCACACCAUGCUAUGAAGUUCAAUCACAUUUGUGAGCAAACCCGGUUCAAAAACUGAAUGUGUUUGUUGGAAUACUUUCAACCUGUAAAAAGGGAGUUAAAACUGAAAUGCAGACUCAACAGUAAUCGUUUCAUUGUUCCCUCAUAGCAGGGAGUUGGUAACUCUUUACAUCAGGUACUCUGAUGUGAUAUUUUUUUAUUUGGUAAAGUUUUGCAGCUUGUAAGAAAGGUGGAUCUUCUGCUGUUCUCUGUUCUGUUCUGCUUCUUCUUCUUUUUAAAGAGAAUUGAACAAGUAAACCUGAUUAACCUUCCUGUUUCAGCAUGUUUGACAGCAUUCAUACGUAAUGUAUGACAGCAUUCAUGGACUAAAAGGGUACUUAGAGCAUUGAGUAAAUUUAGGGGGAUGGAAGAAACUGGAUUGUUAUGUAUGUGAAAACAGAUUGACAACUGUUGCUUGUGGAAUAAAAUACAAAGUGGGUUUACCAGUGAGCAGGUGAUUCAGAAAAUCAUAGGUAGGUAAAACUACUCGUCCAUCUAAUUUAGGAAUGGGCUAACUAUUUCUGGGGACCAGUCCCCUGACCACUCAUGCUCACAGCCCCUUGUGUCCUACAAGUCUCUUUCUGAGGGGAUGGAUUGCACAAUCCUAGUCUGUCACAAAUGAACAUCUGCCAAAAGAUCUUUACUGGACUUGGCAUGGAUCAUCCAGUUACUACAUGAACCCUCCCAGGGUCGUCCUCUGCUCUACAACACUUUGCAUAUGCCUUUGCUGAGUGCUGUAAUGCCCUUUUUUACCUGCCUUCUUUUAUAGUGGUUGAGAAAAACUGGGAAUUUUUAUUUUUCAAUUUCAUCUUUUUGUUUCCCUAGAAUUUCUGAAUCCUCUUUCUCUAUUAAAUAGCAUUCUUUCUGGGACUAAGACAAGACAAAUGGUCCAAAUUCUUGAUUGGAUAUCCACUGUAUUUGAGGGAAUUUUUCUACAGUCAGUUUGAGAUCUCUGCUUUGGGCUUUCUUUUACUAAGCAACACAGUUCACAAGACAUUAAAGGAGAAGUUGCAGCUGUAUUUUUGAACAACUGUACAUUUUUACUUUUACAUGAUUAGCAUUCGUUUCCCCAUACAGCUGCCCUGGAAAUCCUUCCUUUUUUCCUCCUUUUAUCUUCACCAGACAACAAAGCAACUGACAUGAUCCAGUCAGCCGUUAACCAUCAAUAGGAUUUAAAAGUGCUUGUCUAUGACUGGAUCUAGUCUGUCCAUACUGUCACAUUAACUGAGUUUUUUCCCCUGCAUAAAUAAAAGAGCAGGAUUUUUCAUCUGCUCAGCAUGGCGGCAUUCGUUUUGUAAAGUAUCCAUUUGACUUGAGAUUAAGUAGCACAAAUAAGUUCAUAAAUACAAAUUGCCUUGGAAAGUGUCUGUGAACAAAUAUAUUUUUGCUUUAUUAAUUGUUGGACAGAUUGUAAAACAAAAGACAGCAGCCUUGGGGACCUCAGUGGUAGGAUGCAAAAUAAGCCCCCACUUUAUGGCAUUAAUUAUUGCUAAAUUAGCAGAUGUUCAGCAAUAAAUUAAAUAAGGCUUCUGUGUAUAUUUUUACAGCAUAGAUUAAUAAUUGUUUUGAAAAAAUGCUGGCAGACACCUUGCCAGGAUCUCUGUCUUCCUUUAAACUUAAUAAUGGCUACAGUCCAUCCCAUUAGGCCCAUUAAAAUCACUGGGAUUCGACAUGCCAAAGUUAUUAAUCCAACCUGCAUUACAUUUUUAGACAUGGGAAUGGUUUUGGAGCAUGCUUCCAUAGCCUGAAAUAGUAAUGUGAGACCCGACUCAAAGGAAGAAACCAGCAAGCUAAUGCAGGCUCUUAUGUCCCAUUCCAGUGUACUUUUAAGGAUGGGACUGAAGGAUUGGUCACUUUAAACUCUGCAGAGUUCAUUCUAUCUCUCCUGGCUUUAAAAAAAAUAGAGCUUCCAAAGUGUUCUGGGUGUAACCUAUUUACCAACUGAGCUCAAACUACUGGCUCCUGACAGAUGUUUUUAAAGAAAAGAAAAACUAAGCAGCUACUCACUGUAUUUGUUGACUGUUUUAACUAGAGUGCGCUUCCAUCUUCAGGCAGUCUGUUUGAGCACCCAGACUGUAUCCGAAACAUGGUUUAGUAGGACUAAAUCUGAGCAAACAGUCUGAUUCAAUUAAUGUUCCUUAUAAGCCCUAGUUGUUUUAGAAAGACAUUAAACACAGAAAGAAGGGAACAUACUAACUCCUCUACUUCCUUGGUCAUUUUGGUUGUGUAAAAAGACACAAUUCUGAAGAGCCUGAAUUUGGAAUUUUCAGAUUUCUGUUUUUAGUGGAGACCCAAAAGAGAGGCCCUCCUUCUCAGAACCAUUUCUUUUCACACUAUCAAAGCAAGGACAGAAAAGUCGGGUUAGCACACUCCAUUUGUGACGCCUGAAUAGGCCUUCAGUUACGUGGGAGUUAUUUUCUUAUUUUUUGCUUCCUCCACCACUUCAGUAACAUUGAAAUGGAUGAGGUAGGAGGCAAGAACUGUACAAAUGCCAUAUCAAGCCACUUGAUCCUUUCUAGGUGAUUUUACACAUGCACACCACCCACAUUUCUACCACUUGAAUGUAGGGAACAACUGUGAAGGAAGUGGCUGCUGUGACGCUAUGUUCAAAUAUGGUGUCAAGAUGUUCUCCUGAAAGAAUGUUAACUGCAGAAGUGGGCAAAGUCAUAUUUUGCAAUGUGUGAGAAUGGUUACCUUUUGGAAAAUUAAAAUUACAUCUGGAGGGGGGGGAGUGAAGAUUUGUCAUAUGUAAACGGAACUAAAAUGUUAUUAGCUAGUUAGAGCUUAUUGUCAUGUUGUAGUCUGAAUGGAUCUCUUAAAUGUUUCACUUAAAUAAACACUGUUGUUGCACUGGACAUUAAAUCUGGCAACUGUUGAAGCUGUAGCUUUGAAAAGUUAUUUUUGAACUCCAGAAUCCCCCAACCAGCAUGAAUUACUGGCGUAGAAUUGCAGUAAGUUUCUAAGCUCUUCUGGGAGCAUAUGAAUAUAAUGCCAUUUGAGAAGGAAGGCUAGGACAUACUUCCCCCCUCACUGUGCAUACACUUGUUUCUACAAUACUGGUUUAAAUUUCCAGCUUAAAGUCUGUAACCUCCUAACCAUUAUGCAGGAAAGUGAUCAGUAGAGAAAGACAACAAAAGUAAGGGCAUGUGUAUUAAACUCUCAGUCCAAGCUAGUAAUGCUGUUCCUGACAUUUCCAGUUUCAACAGUUAACUUGCAUAUCUAUUUUUCCCAAACUGAACACUAGCAUGUUAGCCAGUGGGAUUUAGCCUAGCUCUUCCAGAUAUUUUAGUUUGCCAUAGAAAGGGAUGUUUGUGUGUUGAGGAAAAUGCUUGACCAUACAGCCUUCUCACUGCUAUUCAGGUCUUUUUUUCUUUUCUUAAUCUUGCCAAGUAACCUUCAGUCCCCUUAAAAGAAGACAGUUCCCCCCAUAUUUAGGCCCAGGGUGAGGGACACAUAGCCCUCCAGAUGACAUUGGGUUACAACUCCCAUCACUUCUCCCAAACUUGGCAAUGGUGAGGGAUUAUGGGAAUUGCAGUCUCGGAGGGCUAGAUGCUCAUCUCUGGCAUAGGCUUAACCACAUGUUGUGGCAACAAGAUUUACUUGGAGCAAUGUACAACAAACCCCAAAUAUCACAAAAGAAUGAUACCUUUAUUAGCCAACCAAAAUGUUGAAAACACAUCAUGCAAGCUAUUUAGAGCAUCACUGGCUUCUUCAUCUGAGGCAAAGAUGUUAAGAGUGGCAAUGUUCAGCAAGCCUACAUUUUUGGAGCUGCGUGUAAGUUCUCAAAUAUAGCUAAUUCAGCAUUCAUGUGUGAAUUGCUGAUGUUCAAGGAAAAGAACAUACUAUUAGGUACCCGUUGGGUUUAAACUUAGGACUGUAAAGGUUUGCACCAAGUAUGGAUGGGCAUGACUUUAAAAUACCUGUUAUGCUGUACAAAAUAAAUACUAUGGGAUAGUGUUGUUUUCUAGUUACACUUUUGCACAGAAAAUGCUAUUCUGGAGUAAUGAUUCACCUUUUUGACAGCUGAAACUAUACACUUAGGUCUAGGUUGAGUUACUUAUCCUACCUAGAGGAGAUCCAUUGAAUUAAUGAGAUUUACACAAGUGUUGAUUUCCCAUUCAUUGGAUCUGCUCUAUUUGUGACUAAGAAAUUUAAGACUAGGCUUCGAAAUUCCAGUUCCGUCUGAGCUUUUUUUUUUAGUUCUUAAAGUGUUGGGAAAUAUCUCAAAUGCACACAGUUGUAUUCUCUCAGGCAAAGUGUUUCCAGCUGCUUGCUCUCUGUUUUCAUCUCAGGCCAUGUGCGUAAGCAGAUUCUUUGCAUAUGUGGAAAAAGGAGCCCUUUGCUCAAUAUGUCCAGGGGUAUCUUUUGCCUUUCCCUGUUGCUUUUUCCUCCGUUCCACAUUGGAUUCCAGUGGAGACUUCCCACUUGAUGGCAAAUAGACUGGAAUUUCUGGGCAGAUUUUUUAAAAUGUUCGUACUUAUAAUGGUUCGUACUGAGCAUUGCAUAUAUGCCUGUUCUGCGCUUUGCUGUACUAUGAAUAAAAGGAAAUGUGAAACGAUCAGAAACUAUCUGUGCGUCAGAGGGCUGUGAAUUUCCUUUGAGAAGCCCUCUCUGUUAUUCAAAUAAAAAAUCUGUAUCUACUUUUCUAUGCAUUAGGAGAUUGAAGUAGUGCAAUGGAAUGAAACGUGUUUUUUCCUCAUGCAUAUGUUCUACCUUUUUAAAAAAAGUGAAAAUAUUAAUUUUACAAAUGUUCGGGUGAAGCAACCUCUAAUCUUUUUUGCUUUUUAAGUAACGAAGAGCAUCACUGUUGAUGGGUAUUACAUACUCUUACGUGUUUCAGUGCAUCUUUAAAUUGAAAUAAAAGUGUGGAUCAGCCAGCUAAUAUUUAGUUAAUGUGAGAAGUUCAUAAACGUGAUGUUUAAGAACUGUAAAUUGUUUGGCUUAUUGUAACUGUUCUAAAGCACAGGCUUUGUCUUUCCCUCUACGCAAAAGACAAAGAGGAUUUAGGAUGUCCUGUUUUUGGAACAGAUCUGGUGGGAAACCUGUUGUUAGUGAAUAAGGCCUAGUCACCUUCUCAGGCAAUUUCUUCUGUAAAGAAGGUGGCGCACAGUUCUUCCAACUUUUCGGAGUGAUUUCAAAAAUUAAAAAGUUUACUCAUG